CUCUGUUUUGCUGUUUUUCGUUUUCAUGGAUUGAUUUGCUUAAACAUAGUACUAGUAUGUUUGGGGUCUAGUACAUAAGCACACCUUCAAGAGUACUGGAUGUCUUCAAUCCGCUCAACGAAGAUGUAGGAGUAUCAUACGUUCAGGGGGCCUUAUUUUUUGCAAUUGUUUUGGGGCAUGUUGAAAGAAAGUUUUAGAGAUGGAAUUUCGAGUUGGUGUUCACUGAUUCAUCAUUUACGGCAUGAUUUGGAGUAUUGAAUCGUACAAACAGUGUCUGGAAAGCAAGAAAAAGUUGGGCAGAGUGAGGUUUGGAAACCAAACAGGAGGUUGAGGCAAAGAAGAUGAUGCCUAGUGUUUCCUUAUCGGGCUUGCAGUUUAGCAGGGAGUGUGAUUCAGCCCUCGCUCACAGCUCACAGGACAUGGAUUUCAACGCUGCUGGUCAGGAUCUUGCUAUAUUACAGUUGCAUAAAUGGGACACCUCCGAAGUCCAACUCAAUCUGUCCGAAUUUCGUGAAGCUUUUAUUUCUCCUACAAGGGAGUUGUUAUUAUUACUUUCACAUCAUUAUGAAGCUCUACUACUUCCUCUAGUUAAAGGGCAAUUUUUCGACUGUAAGGACCCUGAAACUUCUAAUGAGAGCCUUCAGAUUCCAAGUUCCUUAGCUUCUUGUACUCCAGAAGUGAAAGCCCCUUGUAAAUCAGAUUUGGGGGAUGCUAUUUCAAGUACUUCUGAAUCAAUAAGGAUGGUUGCUGAUAAUGAUAUUUCACAUGGAAUAAACUUCUCAAGUUCUAAUAGUUACCCUUUUGUCGGGGAUGUAAACUCACUCACUUGGGGUAUAUGCGGGGAUUCUUAUAAUCAGCAUGAGGAUGCUUUAUUUCGAGAACUGCUAUUUGUGGCUGGUAACCGUGGUGUGACGGUCCAUGCCUUCCGCCAACCCAGAAGUUCAGGUGAAAUUGCUAAACCCACAGUGGGGGAUGGGAUAUUGGAAGGGAGGUGGGUGGAAUGGGGACCACCUUCUUCCUUCAAUCACAAUAAGGACGCACUGGAUGUCUCCAAUUUGGAUUGUGAAACAUUUAGUGGUGUCGUCGAACAUACGAGAACCAACAGAACUGGUGAAGGCCGGAGUGAUCUUUCUACGGAAGCUGGGAAGGAUGAGUUUUCAAGAAGUGUUGCUCCAAAGAGAUGGUUGGAAACUUUUUCGACCAAAGUUGAAACUAUGAAAACCGAUGGUAAUGUUAGGACUAGAUACCCUGCAGAAUCAUCAUUUCCCUCAGCAGCAAUGGUUGUUUCAUUCAGCAUCCUUGAUAGGAAUUCACCAGUUCUGGACUUCUUACCUCAGACCUGUUCCGUGACACAAAAAAGUGAGGUCUGCAAUGAAUCUGUCCCAGAUCAUGCAAAUAAUGCAUUUAUGACUUCAGGUUUGAGUUCGUCUGGUUUUUCACUUGAUCCUGGUGUUAAGUCCAACUUCAUCGGUUUUGGGAUGACUGCUUCAUACAAGUGUUCUAAAUUGUUCUCUAGCAAUUCACAUCACCUUAUUGGGUUUGUCUUAAAACUGAAGGAUCCUCUACCUGUCAGCUCCGGCAGUCAAUCCGAAAGAAACUGUAGUAAAGUCUUACUUCUUGUUGCUAAGUUGGAGAGCUGUGGAAUACAGUGGGUUUGCUCAGUGAAUCUAGCUGAAGGCUUAGACAAGGGGCUAGAGGUUAACUGGACAGACUUUGGAUUUUCUGAUAAUUUCCUUAUUUGUCUUAAUGAAGCUGGGAAAAUAUUUUUCUAUGGUGCUAUGAAGGGUGAAUACGUAGCACAAGUUGAUAUUUUACGAACAUGUGGACUUCCUCAUCAGUUAAUACAUGAGGAUCAAGAAAAAUUGUUUAGAGAAAGUGAUGUGGCUCCUAGAAGUGUUGAUAUCUUUAAUAAUGUAAAUGAUGAUGGUGUUAAGAACAAGUCUUCGUGUCAAACUGGUGAUGUCUUUGGUAGAAGGGUGUUUAGACGGCUGCUUAUUGCUUCACAUUCUUCAGUCUUUGCUGUGAUUGAUGAAUAUGGUGUUAUCUAUGUAAUGUGGGCUGGUGAUCAUAUGCCAGCAAAGUGCCAGUCAUUUGAGAAACAGCUUCCACAUUUUCAGAAUUUAGGGGUUGGAAUAUUGGUUGGCUGGGAGAUUGGUGGUGCUGAUAUCAGUCAUCAAAGGGCUUUUUCUAAUGCACCUGGUUCUCAUAAAGUAAAUGCAUCAUCCUUAAUUUAUAACAGUUCUUCCUUCAUAGACUAUGUGACCAGUAAUGGGCUUCCGAAGGUAACGAGUUUCUCCUCUGCUGCACCCCAGAUAAUCAAUAAAAGGUUUUCAAACCAUGAAGUAUCGUCACGUCAUUUGAGAAAAAUUGUUCUUCCCACAGAAAAACUUAGUGAAGAUGAUAUUGUUUGUUUUUCUAAAUUCGGCAUUACUCGGCUAAUUAAAAAGCAUAGAAAGGAAAGAACAGGUUGUUGGAUUGUUCAUUCACCUUUGUAUGUAGACCCCGCAGUGAAUGAUGAUAGACAUUUCAGUCUCCAAGGUUGGGAAGAUUUUGUUGGAGAAGCCAUUGGUUGCACUUUCCAGGGAUGUUUUUAUUUGGUGACAGAAGGUGGUCUUUCCGUGGUUCUUCCCUCAGUUUCAGUUUCUUCAGAGUUCUUUCCUGUUGAAGCGAUUGGAUACCCACAAUCAAGUACAAGUACAGAUCGUGGCCCUCAGUUUGGGAACCUUUUCGAAAUGAAGGGAUUGCAACGGCCUUGGUCAGCUUGGAAAGUAGAAAUAUUGGAUAGAGCCCUAUUAUAUGAGGGCCCUGAAGAGGCAGACCACUUAUGCUUGGAAAAUGGGUGGGGCCUGAAAUUGUCUCGGAUACGACGUCUGCAAUUGGCUUUGCACUACCUGAAAUUUGAGGAGAUUGAGAACUCCCUAGAAAUGCUUUCUCAUGUCAAUCUGGCUGAAGAAGGUGUAUUGAGAUUGCUCUUCGCUGCUGUUUACCUGAUGUCUCGUAAAGUUGGUAGUGAUAACGAGGUUUCUGCUGCAGCAAGACUUCUUGCGCUGGCCACCUGCUUUGCAACCAAAAUGAUACGUAAAUAUGGAUUGAUGCAGCAUAAGCAAGAUGCCAUCACAUUACAGGGUUCUAAGAGGGAAGCCAAUUCAGCAUUACCAGAGGAAGAGCAUUGCGAAUUGGGAAAUUUGAGAAGGCUUAAAGAAAUGUCUCACUUUCUGGAAAUAAUCCGAAAUUUGCAGUGUCGGCUUAAUGCAAAAUUCAAAAGACCAGGCCAAGGAUUGGUGGAUGGUGUGGGGGCAUUAACCUUGGUAGAUUCAGAUCUAUUGGAGGACGACACUGGGCGUUCAGUUCUUUCGGUGGAUGCAUUAUCGUUGGUGGCAUCAAACCAACAUGAACUUCCUAUUGCUGCAUCUGAUCUGGACUUCAACAAUGCUGAAAGGCUUUCUUUGGUGCCCAUGGAUUCUUCAAACUCCAAAGCUUAUUCUGCGCCUGGUGUAUCUGUUCUUUUGUCAGAAGGAAGUACCUCAGGAAGGAUUUUUUCCCUGUUAGAAAAUCCAAAGGAUAUGAUAGCUCGUUGGGAAAUAGAUAAUUUGGACAUAAAAACUAUCGUUAAAGAUGCUGUACUCUCUGGUCGUCUUCCUUUAGCUGUUCUUCAGUUGCAUCGUCAUCGUAUGAGAAAUUUGGCCGUCGAAAAAGAUCCUCUUGAUACUUUCACUGAAGUUCGUGAUGUUGGAAGAGCUAUUGCUUAUGAUCUAUUUUUAGAGGGUGAAACUGGACUUGCUGUGGCAACUUUGCAUAAGCUUGGGGAGGACAUAGAAACCAGUCUCAAACAAUUGGCUUUUGGUACUGUUAGGAGAUCUCUCCGUGUGCAAGUUGCCGAGGAGAUGAAAAAAUAUGGAUACCUUGGACCAUAUGAGUGGAACAUGUUAGAGAGAAUUUCGCUAAUUGAGAGGGUAUACCCAUGCAGUAGCUUUUGGAGAACGUUCCGUGGCCGGCAGAAUGAGUUCAUGGGAGCUUCAGUUAUAGAUUCAGAUGGAGAACUUAAUGUAUGCCUUUCUCGUUCACAUUUUUUCAAAGAUGUCGUCAUUGAAUGUGGUGAGAUUGAUGGAGUUGUGCUAGGUCCAUGGGCAAAUAUCAAUGGACAUUCUUUUGUUCCCAUGUCUGAUGAUGAUGGUAGUCAUGGUGCUUACUGGGCCGCUGCUGCAAUCUGGUCUGAUGCUUGGGAUCAAAGAACUAUUGAUCGUAUAAUGCUGGAUCAACCUUUUUUUACCGAGAGUGAUGUUUUAUGGGAAUCACAACUUGAGUAUUAUAUAUGCCACAAUGACUGGGAAGAAGUUUCCAAGCUUCUAGACAUGAUUCCAUCAUCUUCUUUGUCUGAUGGAAUUCUACAAAUCAGUUUGGAUGGCUGUGCUUCAUCUAUAUGCAGUAGAGAAUUUCCGGAUUAUCGCAACUACAUGAGUCCAGUCGAAGAUUUGGAUGCUGUAUGCAUGGAUGUUCCUGAUGUCAGAAUUUUCAUGUUUUCAGCUAAUAAUAUGUGCUCCUUGUGGUUACGAACUCUUGUGGAGCAGCAGCUUGCCGGGAAAUUUGUUUUUAUGAAGGAAUUCUGGGAAGGAACAGCAGAGAUAGUACCUCUCCUGGCACGGUCAGGCUUCAUCUCUUGCAUGCGUAACAUUUCAAGCCUGACUGAAUCUGCUGAGACUUCAUCAGAUACGAAUUUUUCAAAUAGUAGCGGAGCAAGUCAAGUCGGUACCAUCCGAGCUUUAAAUAAACUCAUUAUCCAUCAUUCUGUGCAAUAUAAUUUUCCAAACCUUCUGGACCUUUACCUGGACCACCACAAGUUGGCUCUACAUAAAGAUUCACUUUCUGGACUGCUGGAAUCUGCAAGAGAUAGUCAGUGGGCAAAAUGGUUGAUCUUGUCAAGGGUUAAAGGGCUGGAAUAUGAUUCAUCAUUCUGUAAUGCUCGUUCAAUUGCCUCACGCAAUCUAGUUCCUGGUAAUAGCCUAAGUGUAUUGGAGAUUGAUGACAUAAUUCGGACUGUUGAUGAUAUUGCGGAAGGGGGUGGAGAAAUGGCAGCUUUGGCCACGUUAAUGUAUGCACCUGUCCCGAUUCAAGAUUGCCUGAGUAGUGGUUCAGUAAUCAGACACUCCAGCUCCUCAGCUCAGUGCACAUUGGAGAACCUUAGGCCAGCACUUCAGCACUUCCCUACACUAUGGCGCACAUUGGUAGCGGCAUGCUUUGGCCAGAGUACAGAUUGCAAUUUUUUGGGCCCUAAAACAAAAAUGGUGUUUCGGAAUUCUGAUUUAUCAGACUAUCUAAAUUGGCGUGAGAACAUAUUCUUCUCUACUGGACGCGAUACUUCACUUUUACAAAUGCUCCCAUGCUGGUUUCCAAAGGCUGUGAGGAGAUUAAUUCAGCUUUAUGUGCAGGGUCCUCUUGGUUGCCAGUCACUAUCUGGUCUUCCUACAGGAGAAUUUUCUCUUAGGGAAAUUGAUUUUUUUGCUAAUACUGAUGAACAUGCUGAGAUUAGUGCCAUGUCAUGGGAAGCUGCUAUACAGAAACAUGUGGAGGAGGAAUUAUCUUCUUCUUCGCUUGAGGAAAGUGGACUUGGACUUGAGCAUCAUUUGCAUCGUGGACGUGCCUUGGCAGCUUUCAACCAUCUUCUUGCAGUUAGAGUUCAAAAGUUGAAAAUGGAGAGCACCCAUAGAAGCCCAGCUGGCUCUUCCGUACCUGGGCAAACAAAUGUUCAAGCAGAUGUGCAGACAGUUCUCGCGCCUUUAACACAAAGUGAAGAGUCUCUUCUUUCAUCUGUUGUCCCGCUGGCUAUUAUGCAUUUUGGGGAUUCUGUAUUAGUAGCUUCUUGUGCUUUUCUCUUGGAGCUAUGUGGAUUAUCUGCCAGUAUGCUGAGGAUAGACGUUGCUGCUUUAAGGCGGAUAUCUUCUUUCUACAAAUCCAGUGAUUAUAGGGAUCAUUACAAACAAGUGUCACACAAGGGCUCAGCAUCGCAUGCAGUAUCCCAUGAAGGUGAUAUUACAGAUUCUCUUGCUAGAGCAUUAGCAGAUGAUUAUCUUCACAAUGUGACUCCUGGAGUCGUAAGGAAAACAUCGAAUUCGAAUGCCAUUUCCAAUAGACAACCACGAGCCCUCAUGCUUGUGCUGCAGCAUUUGGAAAAGGUGAGUCUUCCAUUAUUGUCUGAUGGGAAGACAUGUGGUUCUUGGCUAAUGAGUGGCAAUGGUGAUGGAGCUGAGUUAAGGUCUCAGCAAAAUAUUGCAAGUCAGCAUUGGAAUUUGGUUACUGUUUUCUGUCAGAUGCAUCGGAUUCGUUUGAGUUCUAAGUACCUUUCCAUAUUAGCAAGAGAUAAUGACUGGAUUGGGUUUCUGUCAGAAGCUCAGAUUGGGGAAUAUCCUUUUGAGGCAGUUAUCGAAGUUGCAUCAAAGGAGUUCAGUGAUCCUCGUCUAAGAAUUCACAUUUUGACUGUUUUGAAAGGCAUGCAAUCAAGGAAAAAAGUUGUCUCUACAUCAAACCCAGAUUCUACUGAAAAAAAGGGCGAAACUUCCUUUAUAGAUGAAAACACCUAUGUCCCCGUUGAACUCUUUGGAAUUCUAGCUGACUGUGAGAAGCAGAAAAAUCCUGGAGAGGCUCUGCUAUUAAAAGCAAAGGAUAUGUGCUGGUCUAUUUUGGCCAUGAUUGCAUCGUGUUUUCCAGAUGUGUCUCCUUUAUCCUGCCUAACCGCGUGGCUAGAAAUCACUGCAGCUAGAGAAACGUCAUCCAUCAAGGUGAAUGGCAUUGCUUCCCAGAUUGCAAAUAAUGUUGCAGCAGCAGUGGAAGCUACUAACUCGCUGCCAUCAAGUUCUAGGGUGCUUACACUUCAUUACAAUCGGAUAAAUCCCAAACGUAGGCGGCUUAUGCCCAUGUCAAUGGAUCCCUUGGCUUCUACAGUAUCAGAAGUUUCUGUUACUAGUAGUGCAAGAAUAUUUACUGCCCAAGGCAUGAUUACUGAAGAGGAGAGUAAAAGCCAAUCCGCGGAAUGUAUUCAAGUUUCAAGUGAUUCUGAUGAAGUUAGUGUUUCUUUGUCAAAGAUGGUUUCAGUGCUUUGUGAACAACAACUAUUCCUUCCUUUGCUAAAGGCUUUCGAGAUAUUCCUUCCUUCGUGUUCACUCUUACCUUUCAUCCGUGCUCUUCAGGCAUUCUCACAGAUGCGGCUAUCUGAAGCUUCUGCGCAUCUAGGAUCCUUUUCUGCUAGAAUUAAGGAAGAACCUGCUCAUAUACAAAUGAACUUAUUAAAAGGACAGACUGGGACUUCGUGGAUAAGUUCCACUGCUGUGAAAGCUGCUGAUUCAAUGCUUUCAACGUGUCCGUCGCCAUAUGAGAAAAGAUGUUUAUUGCAACUUCUUUCAGCAACUGACUUCGGUGAUGGAGGAUCUGCUGCAACAUAUUUUCGCCGGCUUUAUUGGAAAAUCAAUUUAGCAGAGCCUCUAUUACGCAUAGAUGAUGGUCUACAUCUUGGGAAUGAGACUUUGGAUGACUCCUCACUUCUAACAGCAUUAGAAAAGAAUGGGUAUUGGGACCACGCGCGCAAUUGGGCUAGGCAGUUGGAAGCCAGUGGCGGACCAUGGAAAUCUGCUGUCCACCAUGUUACAGAAACACAGGCUGAAUCCAUGGUGGCUGAGUGGAAGGAGUUUCUUUGGGAUGUUCCAGAGGAGAGGGUUGCUUUAUGGGGCCACUGUCAAACUCUGUUUGUUAGAUAUUCUUUCCCUGCAGUGCAGGCAGGAUUAUUUUUCCUUAAACAUGCAGAAGCCGUGGAAAAAGAUCUUCCAGCAAGGGAGCUUCAUGAAAUUUUGCUUCUUUCUCUUCAAUGGUUGAGCGGGACGAUAACCCAGUCCAAUCCAGUUUAUCCAUUGCAUCUUCUGCGAGAGAUCGAGACUAGGGUAUGGCUCCUGGCUGUUGAAUCAGAAGCUCAGGUGAAAGGCGAAGGAGACUUCACCUUAACUAGCUCCACUAUACCUGGGAGCGGAAAGAGUUCCAAUAUCAUAGAUCGGACCGCCAGUAUUAUAACGAAAAUGGACAACCAUAUGAAUGCAGCGAGAAUUAAAACUUCAGAGAGAAAUGAAGCAAGGGAAAAUAAUCUGACACAUCACAAGAUUUCACAAGUUGUGGAUGCUGGAUUCUCAAAUACUACAAAGACAAAGCGUAGGGCCAAAGGCAUUGCACCAUCAAGACGGCCUUUUAUGGAUACAAUUGAAAAGAGUACUGAUGCAGAUGAUGGUUUUGCUGCUGUCGGUAAUAGAAACGAUUUGCAUUUGCAAGAUGAAAACUUCAAAAUAGAUUCAUCUUUUUCAAGGUGGGAGGAAAGGGUUGGACCUGAAGAGCUGGAAAGAGCGGUACUUUCUUUGUUGGAGUUUGGGCAAAUUUCAGCUGCAAAACAACUGCAAAAUAAGCUCUCUCCUGGACACAUUCCACCUGAAUUUGUUCUGGUAGACACUGCUUUAAAACUCGCAGCUAUCUCAACUCCCAGCAAUGGAGUGUCCAGAUCAAUGCUGGAUGAGGAAGUCCGCUCAGUUAUUCAGUCAUACAAUAUUCUGAUUGACAAUCAUGUGGUUGACCCCCUGGAGCUAUUGGAGAGUUUGACGACCAUUUUUGUGGAAGGUAGUGGACGUGGGCUAUGCAAGAGAAUAAUAGCAGUUGUAAAAGCAGCAAACGUGCUAGGUCUUUCAUUCUCAGAGGCAUAUGAUAAGAAGCCUAUUGAACUGCUACAGCUGCUUUCUCUUAAAGCGCAAGAUUCCUUCGAGGAAGCAAAUCUCCUGGUGCAAACUCAUUCUAUGCCAGCUGCUAGUAUAGCUCAAGUUCUUGCAGAAUCCUUUCUAAAGGGUUUAUUAGCUGCACAUCGUGGGGGAUAUAUGGAUUCUCAGAAGGAUGAAGGGCCUGCUCCUCUAUUGUGGAGAUUCUCGGACUUCUUGAAGUGGGCAGAUCUUUGCCCUUCAGAACCAGAAAUUGGCCAUGCAUUGAUGCGUUUAGUGAUUACUGGUCAAGAAAUACCACAUGCCUGUGAGGUUGAACUUCUUAUUCUGUCACACCACUUCUACAAGUUGUCAGCUUGCCUGGAUGGAGUUGAUGUUCUGGUAGCCCUUGCAGCAACCAGGGUAGAAGCUUAUGUUACAGAGGGUGAUUUCGCAUGUUUGGCUCGCCUGAUAACAGGAGUUGGGAACUUCCAUGCACUCAAUUUCAUACUUGGAAUUCUCAUUGAAAAUGGUCAGCUGGAUCUUCUCCUUCAGAAGUUUUCAGCUGCUGCAGACACAAAUACAGGGACUGCUGAGGCCAUCAGAGGAUUCCGCGUGGCUGUUCUCACUACACUAAAUAAAUUUAACCCUAAUGAUCUUGAUGCCUUUGCUAUGGUUUAUAAUCACUUUGACAUGAAGCACGAGACAGCUUCUCUUCUAGAGUCACGAGCUGGGCAAGCAUCUCAUCAGUGGUUCCUCCGUUAUGACAAGGACCAAAACGAGGACCUCUUGGAUUCAAUGCGCUAUUUCAUUGAAGCGGCCGAAGUUCACUCCUCCAUUGAUGCCGGAAACAAAACGCAUGUAGCUUGUGCUCGCGCAUCUCUUGUGUCCCUCCAAAUUCGGAUGCCAGAUUUCCAAUGGCUCAAUCUAUCUGAAACAAAUGCCCGUCGGGCCCUAGUUGAGCAGUCCCGUUUCCAAGAGGCCCUAAUUGUUGCUGAAGCCUAUAGCCUAAACCAGCCGAGUGAGUGGGCUCUAGUGCUUUGGAACCAGAUGCUCAAGCCAGAGCUUACGGAACAAUUUGUUGCCGAAUUUGUAGCAGUGCUUCCGCUCCACCCUUCGAUGCUUGCAGAUCUUGCUAGGUUUUAUAGGGCUGAGGUGGCGGCACGAGGGGACCAGUCCCAGUUCUCUGUUUGGUUGACAGGAGGAGGGCUUCCCGCGGAAUGGGCAAAGUACCUUUGGAGGUCUUUUAGGUGUUUGUUGAAGAGGACUAGGGAUUUGAGGCUGCGGUUGCAGCUGGCGACAGUGGCUACUGGUUUUGGCGAUAUAAUCGACGCGUGUAUGACAGCACUAGAUAGAGUUCCAGACAAUGCAGGACCGCUUGUGCUGAGGAAAGGGCAUGGUGGGGCAUAUCUUCCACUGAUGUGAAAGUGGGAAAAAUUAGAUGGUACGGAAAUUGGUAUCUGUUUUGUGCCCUUUGAUUCUGGUGGGCAUAACUUGAUUGGAGAUGGUGGCGAUGAUAACAAAGUCAUUCACUUCGCUACUAUUGAAGCCAUUUAUGUUGAGUACAAAGUCAUCCACUUUGCUACUUAUUGAUGCCAUUUAUAUGGUGGAAAUGCGAGGAUGGUGAAGAACUUGCACCAAGUAGGUUAAGGAGCUUGUGAUCUUUACCGGUUUUCACUGCAGAAGUCAAAACAGCUAAAAUUUGUGUUCGGCCAUUCCCAGCCAAAGAUUCAUUAGGUAUUCAUGAUCAAUAGAAUCUCCUUCAUCGCUGGUCGGACUUUUGGGUCUACAUUGAGGUGAUGGUCCAUGAUCUCUGGGUCAUUUCCAGGCACUUUUUGCGGUGUCCAAAUGAUUACUUCUUUUUGGACCAAGAAAUCCGUCAGUUCUAUCUCUCCCUCUUCAGAUUUUAGGUAUCAGGUAAAUAUGGACUCUCCAAACUCAUGGUAGAUUUGUUCAUUGAUUUUUUCACUGCUCUUCGAGUUGUGCGCAUUUAAAUGGGGCUUGUGGCUGAUUUAGCUUUUUUCUGUUUUUGCUACAUAGAAUGUACAGGAUUAUUUUUUACACAGAAUGUAAGAUGUGUACAUGAUUCUUCCUCAGUGAAAGGUUUUUGUGGGUUGGUUUCUCCAUUGGGAUCAAA